UCUCUCAUAUUUCAACGGCGAUUUGGCCCUGAAGAGGAGCAUCCUAGUCUCUGUGCUGCAAAACUGUGGCUAUGGCUCCUCCUCCAAACGUCAAAUCAGAAGAAAUAGUUGAGGAGUCCAUGGCUUACCAACUUGAUAAGCGUCCCAUCUCCACCAUCGUCUUCAUCAUCGCAAUGCAGACUGAAGCGUUUCCUCUAGUGAAAAAGUUCCAGCUUUCUCAAGACACCAAUUCUGUGUUUCCAGAAGGGGUCCCUUGGGUCCGAUAUCAUGGUACUUACAAAGAUCUGAAUCUUAACAUUAUCUGGCCAGGAAAAGACAGAGCUUUCGGGGUUGACAGUGUAGGCACAAUUCCUGCAUCUCUUGUGACGUAUGCUUCUAUUCAAGCAUUAAAGCCGGAUCUUAUCAUAAAUGCUGGCACUGCAGGUGGUUUUAAGGCAAAAGGAGCUUGCAUUGGUGAUGUGUUUCUUGCAUCAGAUGUUGCUUUCCAUGAUAGAAGGAACCCUAUCCCUGUUUUUGAUCUGUAUGGAGUUGGUUUGAGGCAGGCUUUCUCAACACCCAAUCUUUCGAAGGAGCUUAACCUAAAGGUUGGCAAAUUGUCUACUGGAGACUCUCUAGAUAUGUGUCCACAGGAUAACGCAUUGAUCAUUGCAAAUGAUGCAACAACUAAAGACAUGGAGGACAACUUAAACUAUUUUGCUAUUGGGUUUCAGGGAGCAGCAGUUGCCUAUGUGGCUGAUCUUCUGAAAGUCCCUGCAAUAUUUAUAAAAGCUGUGACUGAUGUCGUGGACGGCGACAAGCCCACGGCGGAUGAGUUUUUGCAAAAUUUGGCAGCAGUGACUGCUGCACUGGCUGAAACAGUCCCCCAAGUAGUCGAUUUUAUCAAUGGGAAGUGCCUAUCCGAACUUUGA